UCGCGUACCCGUAUUCGAUAAUAUUUGUAGUUAGAAGUGUGCGUUGUCAACAUGUGCUCAGCUUCGACAAGAGUUCUUCUGUGAAGUUUGCUGAAUUACUCGAAAUAUUUGUGUUACUUCCAGUGAAUUGUGUUGACAUAGUUAUAAGAAUUAUCCAGGGACAUACAAAUAUACAUUAAAAAUAUAAAUAUUUCUCGACAUUAUCAACUGAAUACUCCAUCCACUAUGAGCUUCCGAGGUGGUGGUGGUCGAGGCGGCGGAGGCUUUCGCGGGGGACGCGGUGGAAGAGGAGGAGGUGGAGGUCGGGGUGGCGGCCGCGGAGGCUUCGGCAACAACCGUGGCUUUGGCAAUCGAGACGAGGGUCCCAAAAAUAUCAUACCCCUUGGCUAUUACGAUUACCCCUGCCAGGAGGAUCUCGUGGCGAAGGUUGAGGUUGAGAAUGUGCCCUUUUUCAACGCUCCGAUUUACAUCGAGGGUGAGAAGCAGAUCGGUAAAGUGGAUGAGAUAUUCGGUCAUCUGCGGGAUUUUUAUGUGUCGAUCAAACUGAUGGAUAACAUGAAGGCCGAUGGAUUCCAACCAAAACAAAAGCUUUUUAUCGACUCCUCGAAGCUGCUGCCACUGGCGAGAUUCCUCCCUGGCAAUACUAGGAAACCGGCGGGACGUGUCGGCAAACCGGGCGGCGGCCGCGGUGGUGGUGGGCGAGGUGGUCGUGGAGGCGGUGGUUUCCGUGGCGGUCGUGGUGGCCCAGGAGGUGGUGGAGGUGGUGGUGGAUUCAGAGGUGGACCAGGACGAGGAGGUGGUGGUGGUUUUAGAGGAAACCGAGGAGGCGGUGGUGCGAAACGAUGGUAGUUCUACCAUCAAUUUUUUUUUUCUCAAAAGAAAAUAUUUAGGAACAAUAAUGAUGUUUAAUA